UUUCAAAAAAAAAAAAUAAUUCACAAAUGGAGCCCUAACUCUGUUGAGUCACUCUAUCGACCCUCUCACAUUCCCUGGUACCGGCCGCCACCGUCACGCCGCCGCAUCCAUCGGUGCUACCAGCAGCAAAGCCUCUCAGACCGCCGUGAAACCCUCGCCAAGGCUCAAUCUCACAUUCCCCCCCCAGUGUGUUGUCGUCGUGCGUCUGAAUCUGGUUUAAGGAUUGCCGGUUCCGAGAGGAGAGAAGAUGAAGCAAGUGGUAGGAAUGGUGGUUUCCAACAAGAUGCAGAAGUCAGUGGUGGUGGCAGUGGAUAGGCUAUUCCAUCACAAAGUGUACAACCGAUAUGUCAAGCGCACCUCUAAAUUUAUGGCUCACGAUGAGAACAAUCUCUGCAACAUUGGUGACCGGGUUCGACUGAAUCCUUCUAGGCCUCUGAGCAAGCAUAAGUGUUGGGUGGUUGCUGAAAUUCUCAAGAAAGCACGUAUAUAUGUUCCUCCAACCUCCACACCCUGAGAAAGUAAGCUCCAGCACUGAAGCACCUGCUUGCUGAAUUGGCUCAGGAGGGAUUUUAAUAUGGCGUGUUAGCUUGUAUCUUGAUGGGCUAGAAUCGGUGUGCUGCUAUUUUGCAUGGAAUCUUAUUUAUUAGAUGUCAAUGCUUCCUUUUUGGGUGAUCUUGAUUGCCAUCUGUGCAAAAAUGGAUUGUAGUGUUGGAUGAUCAAAAAUGGGAUUUGUCAUUUUUUGUCUGCAGAUUUCUGAUUUUCUUUAUAGUAAUAAGUGAUAACAUGUUUACAUGCAUUAUCUGUAUUGCAUUCAAACCUCCAGUUUCUAAAAAGAA